AUGGAGGACGCGGUGGCCGGGCCCCGGCUCCGGGCGGCGGCCGAGGCGGCCGAGUCGCGGGCGCAGCCCGGGGUGACGCUGCGGCCCUUCGCGCCGUUCUCGGGGGCGGCCGAGGCCGACGAGGGCGGCGGCGACUGGAGCUUCAUCGACUGCGAGAUGGAGGAGGUGGACCUGCAGGACCUGCCCAGCGCCACCAUCGCCUGCCACCUGGACCCGCGCGUGUUCGUGGACGGCCUGUGCCGGGCCAAAUUUGAAUCCCUCUUUAGGACAUACGACAAGGAUAUCACCUUUCAGUAUUUUAAGAGCUUCAAACGAGUCCGAAUAAACUUCAGCAACCCCUUAUCUGCGGCAGAUGCCAGGCUCCAACUGCAUAAGACUGAAUUUCUCGGAAAGGAAAUGAAAUUAUAUUUUGCCCAGACUUUACACAUAGGAAGUUCCCACCUGGCUCCCCCAAAUCCAGACAAGCAGUUUCUGAUCUCUCCUCCCGCCUCGCCUCCAGUUGGUUGGAAACAAGUGGAAGAUGCUACUCCCGUAAUAAAUUACGAUCUGUUAUAUGCUAUCUCCAAGCUGGGGCCAGGGGAAAAGUAUGAAUUGCACGCCGCGACUGACACCACUCCGAGCGUGGUGGUCCACGUGUGUGAGAGCGAUCAGGAGAACGAAGACGACGACGAGAUGGAACGAAUGAAGAGACCCAAACCAAAAAUCAUCCAGACCCGAAGGCCAGAGUACACGCCCCUGCACUUAAGCUGAACUGGCACCCCCGGGGGGCAGAAGUAUUCCGAAUCACACUCGCGGGGAGGCAUCUUGUACUGGGGAAGUGGCCGCUCACGACCUGGGAGGUGGCAGCCGUGAUGGGCGGGGCAGACAUUCCAGCGCGCCUGCUCAGAAGGGAACCCGGGCUCCGCCCCCUAGUUCUGAUGCUCCGCCUCCGCCAGCGUUCCUGGCUUCCGGGAACGUCCUGGGCCAAUCACUGAGCUCCGGGUGAUCGCACAAGGACAUUUGGGCCCAGCUCGAUGCAAACUGAUCACGAUAGUGUUUCCUAAUUGUCCUUCUCUGGUAGGUUCUGUGUUUGUCAAGGGCAGCUUCAUCACCGGGUGUGGGGAGAGCCUUCUGAGGCUGACCAGCCUACGGGGUAGGCUCUCUCUACUGGGAGGAAGAGGCACCGCGAAGCCACAAAGUGGUGCGGAAACGUGAAAACGAGAACAACGCAAAUGUGGGAUUUGUAGUGUCUCAUUCUUUUCCCCCCUCAUGUUCUAAUGUUUGUGCAUGUAUAUUACUGAUUUCCAAACUAACCUUUGUUCGUGUAUAGAGUUACGCCAUUGUUGUUUUGCAUCUUUUGGGAAGACGGGAAAGCAUUUGGAACAUCUGUCACCUUUGCAGAUUCAUGACUGUCUUUGCAACAGCACUCACACGGGGCAUCCCAGCUGGAAUACAUCCAGCCCGCCUCCUAUCCGAUGCCGCGUCUACCUUGUGCAUUGGCAAAAGAAGUCGAUCUGAAAUUCCUAUGUCGAGUUUUGCUUUAUAAAAUUCAGAGAAUAGCAGU